UCAGGAUGCUCAAGCAUUCCGCCACAGGGUUGCUGCUCGUGAUUCCUCUCCUCAUUGCAGACGUCAGCGGUGACAGGAUCCGACUUAUGUUUCAAUGCGCCAAUUCAGUUUGCUAUAACAUUUGGACAUUCGAGCCAAAAAGAGACAUUGUAAUAUUUACUCAAGAACAAAGUAAAAACGCUGACUACCGACAAUGCACGACGUACGUCCGGACGGAAGACAACCGUGGACUUCAAUAUUGCAAAAUGCAAACAGAGGAUGCCUUCACACGUCAAGACGGUGUUCCUGAGAGGAAAGUCGCGCCAGGCAACACUGUUAGUUUUCGGUGCGUCCUUCUGUCCUCCUUGAUGAGGAACAGCUGCUCCCGACGCAGUUUAGAGGUCCGCUUGACUUGGUUGGACCUGUUCGACCAGCAAGUCCGGGACAACUCGAGUCAUCUCGUUCAACAAACGUCCGCAUGCGACGCUACCUUAUCCGUCACCUUGGAAGCUCCCGGAAUCAAAGCGUUCAAAUGCCAAGCUAGUGAUGGGACUCUCGUACAGAAUUCGGCGGUGAUGCGAGUCCAAGUACCAGCUGUCAAAGGGAAAGGGAGAGGAGGCUUUGAUUCGGGAGUCGAACCUCAGGAUGACAACCGUUACCCUGGUAGCGUGGUGGCAGCGGUGUUGGUGUGCACUGUAUUGACUGCCUUGGCCACCAUUUUUGUUGUAAUGAAGCGACGCAAGGCAGCCAACCAGGUCAAAGCCUCUCGUCCCAUUGCCACAAACGAUGAAGUUGCCGACGAUGUUGUAUACGCGGAUGUCGUACAUUCCGUGGGUCCUGAAAGAGUUUCAUUCUGUCAUGGAGAAGACACAGAAUAUGCAAGCAUUCGAUAUGACUAAGCCUUCACGUAUAUUAUUUUGGAAUUAAGUUAUGUUUUGCAUGUAUUGAUAUUAGCAUGUGUCAACUGAGCUGGGUAUAUGUGUGUACAGUAUUUGAAUAGUCUACCUCAAUAAAUACCACUUCCUCUUAUUUUGUUAUGUGACAAUUUAAGAGUGACUUCCUCAUUGCAUGUUUGUCUGCUUGAGUGAGUGAUGUUAGUAUAAACGUCCUCGAGGACUACGGUACUGUUGGUCAACUUUCACAUUUCUAGGUUCAUUUUAUGAAG